AUGCCGGCGGCGGCCGGGGAUGGGCUGCUGGGCGAGCCGGCGGCGCCCGGGGGCGGCGGCGGCGCGGAGGACGCGGCCAGGCCGGCGGCGGCCUGCGAGGGAAGUUUCCUGCCGGCCUGGGUGAGCGGCGUGCCCCGCGAGCGGCUCCGCGACUUCCAGCACCACAAGCGAGUGGGCAACUACCUCAUCGGCAGCAGGAAGCUGGGCGAGGGCUCCUUCGCCAAGGUGCGCGAGGGGCUGCACGUGCUGACCGGAGAGAAGGUGGCCAUAAAGGUCAUUGACAAGAAGAGAGCCAAAAAGGACACUUACGUCACCAAGAACCUUCGGCGAGAAGGGCAGAUUCAGCAGAUGAUCCGUCAUCCCAACAUCACCCAGCUCCUCGAUAUCUUGGAGACGGAGAAUAGCUAUUACCUGGUCAUGGAGCUGUGUCCUGGGGGCAACCUGAUGCACAAGAUCUACGAGAAGAAGCGUCUGGAGGAGUCUGAAGCCCGAAGAUACAUCAGGCAGCUCAUCUCCGCCGUGGAGCACCUGCACCGGGCUGGAGUGGUGCACAGGGACUUGAAGAUAGAGAAUUUGCUACUAGAUGAAGACAAUAAUAUCAAGCUGAUUGACUUUGGUUUGAGCAACUGUGCGGGGAUCCUGGGCCACUCCGACCCGUUCAGCACGCAGUGCGGCAGCCCGGCCUACGCCGCGCCUGAACUUCUCGCCCGGAAGAAAUACGGCCCUAAAAUCGAUGUCUGGUCCAUAGGCGUGAACAUGUAUGCCAUGUUGACCGGGACCCUACCUUUCACAGUGGAGCCUUUUAGCCUGAGGGCUUUGUACCAGAAGAUGGUGGACAAGGAAAUGAACCCCCUCCCCACCCAGCUCUCCGCAGGUGCCAUCAACUUCCUGCGUUCUCUCCUGGAACCAGAUCCUGUGAAGAGACCCAAUAUCCAGCAAGCACUGGCGAACCGCUGGCUUAAUGAGAAUUACACGGGCAAAGUGCCGUGUAACGUCACCUAUCCCAACAGGAUUUCCCUGGAGGACCUGAGCCCGAGCGUGGUGCUUCACAUGACGGAGAAGCUGGGUUACAAGAACAGCGACGUGAUCAACACUGUGCUCUCCAACCGCGCCUGCCACAUCCUCGCCAUCUACUUCCUUUUAAACAAGAAACUCGAGCGCUAUCUGUCAGGGAAAUCUGACAUCCAGGACAGCAUUUGCUACAAGACGCAGCUCUACCAGAUAGAAAAGUGCAGGCCGGCCAAGGAGCCCUAUGAGGCCUCCCUGGACACCUGGACAAGAGACCUUGAAUUUCAUGCUGUGCAGGAUGAAAAGCCCAAAGAACAAGAAAAAAGAGGAGAUUUUCUUCAUCGGCCGUUUUCCAAGAAGCCGGACAAGAACGCGCCCACGCACAAACAGCCCUCGGCCUCUCUCAUCACGCAGAUUCAGAACACGAAAGCGCUGCUGAAGGACCGCAAGGCCCCCAAGGCCGGCUUCCCUGACAAAGAUUCCUUCGGCUGCCGCAAUAUUUUCCGCAAAACCUCAGACUCCAAUUGUGUGGCUUCUUCUUCCAUGGAGUUCAUCCCUGUCCCCCCUCCCAGGACCCCCAGGAUUGUCAAGAGACCAGAGCCCCCUCAGCAGGGCCCUGGGGUCCCUGGCCUGCCCCCCAAGGAAGACCCCCUGGUGCUGGAUAUGGUACGCUCCUUCGAGUCCGUGGAUCGCGAGGACCACACGGAGCCACUGUCCCCAUCUCAUCACUAUAGGAUUCUCGGCUCGCCUGGGGGCUUGGCCCGUGGGAGUCCCGGUGAGCGGACGCUCUCCCCGGCUCUGCUGCCCGGAAGCCUGUCCCCCCUGCAGACUCCUUUGCAUCCCACUCUGGUCUCCUUUGCUCACGAAGAAAAGAACAGCCCCCCAAAGGAAGAGGGCAUGUGUUCCCCAUCUCCAGCUCCCAGCAGUGGCCCCACACAGCCCCUGGGGAGCCCAAACUGCGUGAAAAGCCGGGGCAGGUUCCCCAUGAUGGGCAUCGGACAGAUGUUGCGGAAACGCCAGCAAAGCUUGCAGCCCUCCGCAGACCGGCCCCUGGAGGCCAGCAUGCCCCCGCUGCAGCCCAUGGCCCCCGUGAGCCUCUCCUUCGACAUGCCCGAUGGGGUCAAGGGCCAGUGCUGACCUGGGCCGGGGUGGGAUUCUGGGUAAUUGUGAGGAAAGCAAAGGAACAGAGCUCCCCAUGAGCAUCAGGGUGUGACGACUGGAAGGCUGCAUGGGAGCCUCCUUCAGGGUCUCUCCUCUCCCCCUGCCGUGCCGUCUCCCAACUGUGAAUGGCUGACACCCACAGACCCAAAGCCUGCACAGCCCGGCCAUGCACAGGGACCCCAGAGAUGCCGGAAUUCACUCGGAUGUCUGGCUAGAGGUGCAGUCUCUGUGUCCUGCUUCUGCCUGCCCGCCCACCAGCCCUCUGCCCGCCUCCCCCUACUGGGCCACUGUGGCCAUCAGCCUCUGGGCUACCCCUAUCCCAGCCUGUUAUGGGCUCUAUGCUCAUGCUGUACUCUGGGGGUGCCUCUCGGGACUCUGACUUCUCAGCAGGGAGCCUGUCACGUGGGGACUGGCAGUGUCCCAGAGCGGUUCCCCUUCCUCUAGUAGAGGUGACUCCCCGCAGGGCCCGGGGAGCUGCUGACUCAUCAGCCAGGCCUCGGACGCCUCCGAGAAAAGUGGGCCGCAGCCUCGGCCCGCGGUGCCACCCUCUCUGCGUGGGAAGGGGCAGGCAAAGAUGGAGCCAGACAGUGGCACCCCAACGAAAGGCAAAGGCCAAAGGGGACACACAUUUGCCAUCAUUUUUGGUUGAAACUUGCUAAGUGUCGACUUAUCUUUUCCAAAGAUGAUUUUUCCUUAGGGGAUGUCAAAUCAAAGUAACAGGAUUUUAAAAACUUGGGUGGGGAGAUGAGAAGCGAGCCUACCAAACUCAUGUUUUCACGAGAUGAUACAUGUGGAGGGCAUGGGUGCUCUCCCAUGUGAGGCUUUCAGUGGCCGGUGGCCUUCCCCAUGAUGGCCUGCAGGAGGGCAUGAUCGCCGUGGGCCCUGUGUUCUUUCCACCUUACCAACACAGUCUAACCUUCUGGAAGGCAUGGGACCUAGUUACAGCUGGGUAUUGAGAAAGAGAGAAGACAUUAAGGUUCAAUGUGGAUGCAUUUGGAAAGCACCAUUCAUUACCUCUGCUCGGUGCUGUUUCGGGGCUGCCAAGAGACCAAGAGUGGUUUCGGCCGGACGAGUUCUUUGUAAGCUGUGAGCCGCCUCCCGCGGCGGGAAUCGUGGUCAGAAAAGCAGUUCCACGUGUUCUCUGAGGAGAGCAGCAUUCCUCGAACGCGCUUUGAGUCUGCGUCCCAUGUUCACACCUUUUGCCAGGGCUUGAACCAAAGAUGCGUCUCCGGAUCCUUGUCUGUGCCAUCCCUGCAUGGCUUUGUGGAUCUCCCUGUUGUCUGACCAUGUCUCGCAGGAGCCUGCUGGGGCCGCCUCCACGUGGAGCCUGGGCCCUGGGGCUUGAUUGCGGAGGGGAGGCCACUCCGUCAUGAGCAAAAUUGGGGGAAAAAAAAAAAGAAAGAAGAAGAACCAGCACGGGGCAGAUCGUGGUUAGCUCAGGAGACAGGUCACACCGUGGUUCGGGGUCUUCAGCUCUUGGCUCGUGCAGGCAUGAGCAGAACCCACAGGUCACCCCAAAGCUAGUCUGCUCAGCCCUCCGAGUCUGAAACAGGCCGUGGGCCUGGAGAAGUGCGAAGCCCACCUUCAUUCCCCCGGCAGCCAGCCCAGGCUGGGGAGCUGUGGGGUGCUUCUUCAUCUUUUCUCAUUUAGCCAUUGUGACCUCCUUCUGCUCUACACGAUUCUGACCGAGGCAGAAAGAUAUUUGGCUGACCCUGGAAGCCGCUGGGAUAGGCCCAGUCUUGGCUGAUCUUGACAAGACCCUGCAGCCGCUGCCUCCCCCCUCAAUGGGGUCCUCCCGGCUCUAGGGCUUGCUAUGAAGGAGUCGGGUUCCUGGGUGUUGGUGUUAUCCCUCUCUGUGGCUCCAGACUGGGUUCCAGAACUUUCCAUUGAAAAUGGAGCUUUUUAAGCAGAGAGAAGAAAAGCAUCUGAAAAAGACCCCUCUCCAUUGGAUGUGAAGUGUCUGGUUUCUGAUCAGCAAAGGAACUGUUUUAGCAAGUGUCCCGCUCUGCGGGUUUGUAGGCCCCGUCCCUGUGCCUUGUGGACUUCUUGCCCUCUGUGUCUCGUUCUCGUAUUGUACUUGCCUUUAGAACAUAGUGUUUUUCUGUAUCGCUCUUAGCUCAUUGGGACAUGUAUUCUGUUCCUCAAUCCAGGAGCAGCCACGGAUGGUCAUGCAACUAACUGACCAUGUCACCAUUGGUAGCUUGAACUGUGAACUCAGGUUUAUUCCAGAAUCCGGUGAGAGGUGAGGGGGGAGUGAGAAAAGGGGGGAGCCAACUGUAUUUUUUGUAUGUGAGCACCUGACAAAUCUAUGAAACCGAGUGAAAGAAGAAAUGUUAAAUUCUUUAUUAUUUUAUUAUAUUUAUAUGGGAAACUUGACUGUCCCUUUGGUUAAGUACUGAGUGUGUUGUCUCUGCGACCCAUGACUGUCUCUCAUUAGUCUGUGCCCAUGACCUCAGUCAGCCUGUAGUUAACCGAUGGAAAUGACUGACCUGUCGCCACGUGAAGUCCAGGAGGAAAAAGUCAAGUGUAAUUGUACAAUUUGGUCGUGAGUAAGGACCGUAUUUAUGUCACCAUUAUUAAAUAUAUGUACUUUUAUAAUGACUGUGAAAUACACUUUUUCC